AGAUUGCAAGCUUCCAGUUGCAAAGAUGGUUGGUUUGAAGUGCGCUCUGUGGUUGACAGUGGUGAUUGUGUCGUGUGGCGGAGAGGAGACGUCACGUGCAGACAACGGUGUCGGCCAUCUUCCCGUUUACCUUCCGGAGCCGUUGAGGAUGAUAGCGGAGAAAGCAGCCAAAGGUGAGGAAAUAAAGGCUGACGAUUUGCCGCAAGAGCUGCAUGAGCUGCUAGCCGACAUCGAAGCCGUUUGCGAGCUGGACCGCAAUGUGCACCAGUUGCAGGCAAGUGGCACACCAAGCGGCAUGCCAUCUGGCAUGCCCUCUCGCACCGGCCGUGGCCUGCUCACCUCGCUGCACUGGCUGACCAAUUCGCCGUUUGCCUUCUACACGGGAUCGGGUACACUUUCCUCUACUCAGUCGCUCACCAUUCUCGGCAGAAUCAUCAAUUCGGCGCUCAGACUUGACUAUGGUCCAGUGCGAUCGCAGGGUGCCACCACCAUGAUGCCUGAGGGACGCCAGUAGUUUAAUUCCAUCACAUAAGAGUGUUUCUGUGAUAAGGGACAGACAGAUUGAGUUCAUAGCGUCAAAUUUGUGAUGAGUAGCGGUGGGGGAUGUAGAAUAGACUGUUUAACAAAAGCUGUUCCAGUUGAAUUUUUAUCACGAUUUUGUUUUUCAAUAAAGAUAGUUUCUAUUUAUUCUGAAUUGAUAUUUUUAUCAUACUGUUUAAAAUCACCCACUAAAAUCUUUCAUAUUUUCUUUUGAUCAAAUGUUGAUCACCUUGAAGUCAGUCAGUCUGUUCUUAUUAUCAACAUUUUGUAUUGUCUAACUUACAAAUCGAAUACAAGGUUAUAUUAAA